AUGACAUCGCGCUCGGCGCUCACCGUUUCAGUUCCUCGAAUCCAGUGCUCUGAGCGGGUCACCGACCUCAAGAAUCGCAUCAGACAAGCCGCGCUGCGAGCACGGUUGGAGCGGGUGGAAGUCCAUGCUUUCGGCUCGUCGGUGAAUGGCUUUGGAGACGAGACUUCGGACAUUGACCUUGUGCUGGAUGUGCCGGAGGAAAUCCUUGAACAAGUAGUUUCGUGGAGCUACGUGCGUGACCUGAUCCCCGUGACGCUGGACUAUUUGUCUGACUACCUCGUGCAGGAGGGUUUCCAAGUGCGCGAGAAGGUUCUGUCCGCCAAGGUUCCCAUUCUAAAGCUCACCAUAGAUGGUGUCGAGUGCGAUCUCUCGUGCAAUAACUUGCUUCCAGUCUUCAACACGAAGCUCUUGAGCCUCUAUGCAGAGAAGGACCAUCGAGUUGUGGAGAUGGCUAGACGGGUGAAGACCUGGGCCAAGAAGGAGGGCGUGCAUGGUGCCACCAACGGGCAUCUCUCCUCCUAUACCUUCGGCUUGAUGGUGAUCUUCUACAUGCAGCAAAAGGGUGGUCUGCCGUGCCUGCAGACGAAUGCGGACCAUCACCCACAGUGGUACGGCGAGCGCAGCGGGCGGAAAGCGUGGAACGUCUUCAUCGAUGAAGCACCCACGGCAGAGACCGAACUGCAGUCUCACCGGGAUGCGGCGACUCUGAGAGGCUUCGCUGAGUUCCUAACUGGUAGCCAGGACUUCCGCUGGGGACGGGAUGUAAUCUCCAUUCGGCAAGGCAAGGUGUUGCCCAUUGACAGCAUCUGCUUCAGGGAGCUGAACACAAGAUUGCGAGACUGGGACGAGAACCUCUUGCACAUCGAGGACCCUUUCGACGUCUCGCGGAACCUGGCCUGCGUGUUUUCUCCAGGAUCCAACAGGAGGCUUUGGAAUGCUUUGAGACGGCUGGCAAAAGAGCCCGGCGCUGCAACACCUGUGUCUUACCCGGCCGGCCAUUUUCAAUCUGAACCUUCGAGAGCGGCUGGUAACUCCAUGGC